UUUACCAUUGCAAAACAUGCGAAAAUUUCUCCAGCUUCUCUGUCAUUUUCCUUUAACGAAAGCUUUAGCAACCAGCUAAGCACAAUUACUCAAGCACUAGGAAAAGAUCUGUAUCAAAUUGUAGAUGUCAAGGCCAAAGUCCUUAAGAAGGCGGAAAAUAAACAAGUCAUUAUAAAAGAUGGUGAGAAGGCAAAAUAUAAAAGCAAUUGUCUUAUAGCUGAUGAAACUAACACGGUAAAACUGGUCGAUAAAAUUCAUGCUGGGAAAACAUACCAUUUUAAACAAUUAAAACUUGGCAUUUUUGAUGAUGUCAAGUAUUUAAAAACUAGUGAAGCCACUGACCCUCAAGAAAUUGAUGAUUUACAGAACAUCAAUCUGACCACACAAGAAAUAAAAGACAACACCAUUGAAGGCUGCUGCAUUGGUGUUCAGAUCAAGUGGACUGCCUCUUGCAUAGGAUGCAACAUGACCAUCAGCAAAGCACAACUUGAAAGUGAAACUGUAACUUGUAACAACUGCAACAUGACUACUCUUUCAAGCAUUUGCAAUACAAAAUUAGUUGCUCAAAUUGUCAUUCAAACUAUGCAGGAGAAAAAGAUUCUCACAUUUACCUGCUUUAAUGAUGCCAUAAGCAGCUUCCUCAUAACAACUGACUCCCAGAUGUCGUUAUCUAAUAUCCCACCAGAAGACUUACAGAAAAUCAUGUUGCAGGCAGGGAAUUAGAAAAUUAUAGCAGACAAAACAACUCAAGUAAUUUCACAGUUCCUCCCCUUACAUUGAUAUUAAGAUUUAUAAUACAUGUACAGCCAAUAGUGAAUCACAGAUUUAAGGAAAACUGUAACUUGUACCAAGUGCAACAUAACUGCCCUUCCAAGUAUUUGCAAUACAAGAGUUAUCUAUUUGCUCAAAUUUUCGUUCAGUCCAGGGCGGAUAAAAAAUGCACAAGUUUACUUGCUUUAAUAAUGCUAUAAGUAGCUUCCUAAUAACAAAAGACUUUCAGAUGACGUCUGAUAUCCCAUUAUAAGGCUUGAAGAAAAUUAUGUUACAGGCAGAGGAAAAAACCAUGCAAUAUACCAGACCAACAACUUCAGUGAUUUCGAAGUUCCUCCCCUAAUUAAGUGAUAUUAAGAUGUAUGAACAUUAACUCUCCUUUUCUUAAACUCUCAUUCAAGCUCUGCGAAACAAAAAGAUAGUAAAGUUUACUUGCUAAUGACACUAUAAACAACGUAAUCAGUUAGUAAUUACAUGACUUAAACAAAAUUAUGUUCCAGGGAAAGCAUAAAAAUUUUAAAACCAACAAAACCACACAAAUGGUUCAAGAGCACUACCUUCCGUAAAUAUUGUAGUUGUGUUA